UGAAAUUCAGAAUUCGAGCACCAGCUUAGAACUUGAAAUAAAGUUAUACAAAACAAUGGCGAAACGUUUGCUAACUCUUACUGUUAUGUGUAUUGUUGGAGCUGUGAUAGUUCGCGGUGAAUUCGAUAAAAAUGAGGCCAUUGCUAAAUUUAUAUCUAAAGCCGAACAAUGUAAAACAGAAGUAGGCGCAACGGAUGCCGACAUUGGAGAAAUGGUGGGCAGGAAACCCGCUUCAACAAUGGAAGGAAAGUGUAUGCGUGCAUGUCUGAUGAAGAAAUUUGAAGUGAUGGAUGACUCGGGCAAGUUCGUUGCCGAUGUUGCCCUGAAACAUGCCGAAAAAGUAACCGAAGGUGCAGCUGAUAAAAUGCAAGUUGCUUCGGAAAUUAUCAAUGCUUGUGCUGGCAUUGAAGUCUCAUCGGAUCAUUGUCAAGCGGCUGAAGAUUAUGGCAAGUGCUUCAAACACGAGGCUAACGCACAUGGAAUCGAUGAAAAUUAUCAGUUUUAAUUGUUAAAUGUAGUUUGGAAAGUUUAUAAUCUGACCCUGUAACCCUGUUUUAAUAUAUAUUUAUUUCAAUUAUCC